AUGUCAGGUCCAUCGAUCAAUCAUAUUCCAUAUACAGUAGGCAACCGAUAUCUCAACUCCAAGACCCACCAUCCCCUGACUUUGAAGUACAUCGGUUCACUUCCUCCUUCCCCUUCUUCCUCGGAAGAUGACAAAAUAUGGUUGGGAGUAGAGUACGACGACCCAUCUAAUGGGAAACAUAGCGGUACAUACAAGGAUAUUCAAGUAUUCCAAACGGUUCAAGAAGGUAGUGGAAGUUUCAUAAAAUACAUCCCGACUUUGAAGGGUGGACCAUUGCAGGAAGGGAAUUCGUUAAUUAGCAGUAUACAAGAUAGAUAUGGAAGUAUCUUACCGAACUUUACCUCUACUUCGAGUAUCAGCCAAGAAGACGGUCAAGAUGAUGGUAUCAACACAGAGAAAGAAGAAAAGGUGAUACUUGGAUCAAGCUCAAACGCGAUUACAGUCACUUUACCAAAUAUCUCAUCUGUCAAAGAACGAAUAGGUAAAUUAGAGAAAAUUAGGAAUAUGGGAUUUGAAGAUGAAUAUAUAUCUUGUUUAGGUGGUGAUAAGGAGGCAAAAACUGUUCUGCGGCAAAGGAUGAAAAGUCUAAAAUGGUUCAACCUGUCCAAUAACCUAUUAUCAACUUGGGAACAGAUAUGGGAGAUUGUAGAUAUCUUCGAAGGAUUGGAGGUUUUGACGCUCAGUCAUUCCCGUAUACGACCUAUAUCCUCUGAUCUAGAUCUAUCACUAGACCGAAAGGAGAGAUUCUUAUCUACCUUCAAGAGGAUUAAGGAAUUACAUUUAUCUGAUUGCCUAUUAUCAUGGAAAGAGGCCUGCGAUCUAUUACCAUUAUUCCCAAAUCUCGAAAUCUUACAUCUCGAAGCAAACAAACGAAUCGACCAUUUGUCAUCUAUUCCUCAUGGGGCAAUGAGGGAAUUGAAAGAAUUGAGAUUUGGUGGAUGUCCUAUAUCCAAAUGGGAGGAGAUCGUCACUACUUUGCAUGAACUGCCAAGACUCGAGAAUUUGGAGUUAUCAUUCACACCUCUCACUACCGUCCCUAUCUUUCCCUCUGAAACGAAAUUGGAUAAUAUCAAAUCGUUAAUCUUGUUAGAAUCGAAUCUAUCAUCUUGGAAAGAUUUAGAUAACCUAUCGAUUUGCAUACCGAACUUGACCAAAUUACGAUUCACCGUACGCUCUCAUAAUCAUGAUGAAACGAGCACCGCCGCCGCCACAUCAAAGACAAAUGAUGAGACAGAACUGAACUCGGUAGAUGAUAAAUCACUAAGAUCGAUAUGUGUGGCGCUCUUCCCCCACCUCACAUCAUUCAAUUCGAACACUGUAACAACGAAUGAAAGAAGAGAUGCAGAACUGUUCUUCAUCUCAUUUAUCCAAAAACAGCCAGGGACAAAUAAAGAUUGGGGUAAAGCAAGAUACGAAGAACUGUGUAAGGUGCAUAACGUCACGCAGGCAGUGGUUGAUGAUAAGAAGGGGAAGAAAUCGAAAGUGGGUAUGAAAGGGAGGAUGAUCACUCUGAAGAUUCACACGUCUCUUUCCCCCUCUCAAGAACCCGAUCUACAGCCACAGACUAUAUCGAUCUUACCUGCAGCUAAGAUAUCCCUUCUGCAACGUAAAUUAUGUAAAAGCUUUGGUUUACCCAUAACUCAGUUCCAAUCCAUCCAAAUAUGGAAUACAAAACCUCUUGCUGAUGGUUCAGGUAUGGAAAAAGUAAAUAAAGUGUCGGUUGUUUGGGAAGAUAAAGAUGUGGGAUGGUGGUUCGAAGAUGGGGAUGAGAUAUUUGUGGAAUUUGAAGAUGAAUAG